AUGCAGUUUUCCGCCGCUACCAUUUCUGCCAUCCUGGCCUUCACCUCUUUCGCCUCUGCUGCUCCUUCCCGGCGAGGCGGUUACCCCCCAGAGCUCAGCUUGACUGCUCAGCUUCAGCUCGCUGAUACUGCCGUCGACCGCUUCGCGCUUCUCAAGGAUGACCAGUUCGUCUUCGACUUCAAUGCCGAGCAGCCAAACCCCGGAAAGGGCGGCCAAAUCGUCGCUGCCAACCGCAAGACUUUCCCUGCUCUUGUUGGCACCGGCUCUGGCAUGGCCUUCGGCCGCGUUGAUGCCUGCGGAAUGAACACCCUCCACGUCCAUCCCCGCUCUGCCGAGCUCCAGAUCGUCACCUCAGGCCGUCUCAUCACCGAGAUGGUUCCUGAGAACGGUGUCAACAACGAGGAUGGCACCCGCCGCGUUAUCCGCACCGAACUUGGCCCCAACAUGAUGACUCCCUUCUACCAGGGCUCCGUCCACACCCAGUUCAACCCUGACUGCCACCCUGCCACCUUUGUUGCUGCCUUCGCUGCUGAGGACUUCGGCACUGGUCAGGUUCAGGAUGAGACUUUCGCUCUUACCGACGAUGUGAUUGCCGCCACCUUUGGUCAGAGCAUCGCCGGCGCGGACAUUGACCUCGUUCGCCAGGCCAUCCCCAAGAGCAUUGCCCUGGGCGUCGACGAGUGCCUCCAGAAGUGCGGCAUUCCCAAGCGUGCCAUCUAA